UUAAUAAAAGGGUCUGAUCCGAGGAGACUUAGUAGAGAUGAGCAGAGAAGCCAUGCUGGGUGUGUACUGGACUGCCAUCACCGUUGUCUGCAUCGGCAUAGCUGGUGUCUCUGGAUCCAAGAUUAUCGAUGGAUAUGAAGCCACCCCCCAUAGCCGACCCUACAUGGUCUACCUGAAAUAUACUAAGGGAAACUAUAUGUUCAGCUGUGGUGCGUUCCUCAUUACCGAGAAUGUGCUGCUGACAGCUGCUCAUUGCAUAGGAGAGCGCAUGACAGCAAUACUGGGUAGUCAUAACCUUAACAACUAUGAAGCUUCCAGGCAGGAAAUAGCUGUGAGCAGGAUGAUCCCCCACGAAUUGUAUGUACCUGGAGUUGCCCAAAAUGAUAUCAUGUUGCUGCAGCUGGAACGGAAAGUCAUGAUAACACCAGAGGUGCAGCCCAUCAAAUUUUCAAGAGAUUGUGCAGACAUCUGGCCUGGAAUGCCCUGCUCGGUGGCAGGAUGGGGUCUUACUUUCACAGGUGGACCAGGCAGUAAUGUGCUCAGAGAAGUGGACGUGACCAUCCAGAAUAUCUGCCGAUCUGAACAACGCUUCAACCUGAGGAGGGGGACAGUAUUCUGUGCAAGGGGCCCUGGAAUCAAGGGGGCUUGUAGUGGAGACUCGGGAGGCCCGCUUGUCUGUAGGAACAGACGGAAUGAGCCUUUAGCUGUGGGCAUCGUGUCUUUUCGGGAUACUAACAAUGUGAAGAUCCUGCCCGUGAGGAUGUCUACACCAAUAUCUGCAUGUUUUGGCCUUGGAUUCAAAGGAAAUUGUAUGGUAUUGCUGCUGAGUGAUCUGAAGAUGGGCCAUUCAGUGCCAAUGUGCCCUCAUCUAUCACCCGGCAAUCACUGAAGAGAGAAAGAGAAGGGGAAAGAAAGUGCUCACUAUGGGCUAAAGGUGGUGCUUUCUAGCAGCAAAGGACACUAGCAGUCCUAAUCGCUUUGCAGCUUCAAUAAAUUCAGUUGUCAAACAAGA